AAAGCAGAGAAUUGAAAAUUGCAUUAUUUGUUGUGCUUAAACCAAAACAUAUUAAACAUUGAUAAUUUCCCAUUCGGUUGGAUUAUACUCGGACUGACGGCUCUUAGCAACAUUAGUUUGGCUUAGCCACUUCGAAUGAAGGCGACCAUGGAAAUGGACUCUCGAACAAGGAUUUUCUUCCAGUAUUUGAUUGUAACCUGGCUUUCCAUGUACAACGCAUGCGCAGAACAAAGCUCAGGAAUGUAUACCGAGUACGGAAAUUACCUUAAAGAUCACGUGAUGGAAAGGCGGCCAGGGAUUGGAAUAGAAGGUUGUACAUUCGCCUGCCUCGACCACAGUAAGUGCAGAAGCAUCAACGUUGACCUGACGACCCACAUGUGCGAGUUGAACAACGCAAGCAAGGAGGAUUUUCCAGAGCACAUGACACGAAAACACAGAUCCCUAUACGCCACUGACGAUUUCAAGCCACCGCUAUUUCAACCUUCAUGCGCCGCUUAUCUUAAAUAUGACCCGUCAUUGAAGAGCGGUUAUUACUGGAUAAGUAUCAGGCGCAAGAAGAGGAGAGUGUACUGUGACAUGGAAAGAUUCGGUGGAGGAUGGACCCUUGUUGUGACCAUCAACGCCUUAAACAAUGAUCAUCUUCAGAGAGCUGAGAACAACUGCGCAGACUCCGUCACCUGCGUGACCUUGAUCGAGACCGACAUCCCGGGUAGGAAACUCUCUGAUGAAGACAUCCACGAGAUUGUUGGAGUCGAUGGUGUUUUUCUGGUAGAGCCGGUGAGCAGUCCGCUUUCCACAACUAACAAGAACAAGGACGCGGUUUUUUACAAGAUUCCAAGCGGUUCUCAGAACUUUGACUCAUCUUGCCGCAAGACUAUUAACAUCUGUCCUCGUGUUAUCAUUUCGUUCUCGUACCCUUACAAAUGGGAGACGAACCCUUGCACCAGCCUCAGCCAGGGCUAUCGGAUCUACGGUCACCCCAUAAGUGUAUUUGACAGCCAUGACGACGGUGAAUGCGGAUCUUUUUGGUAUCCAAGUGCAAGUAGUUAUCGGCGCGUGCUAUACGGCUUCCCUAAAAGUGGCUAUACAGGAAUCUAUAACAAGCGGCAAGGCUACCUCUGGGUGAAGUGAUGCACGGGAAUCUUUAACAAGCGGCAAGGCUACCUCUGGGUGAAGUGAUGCACGGGAAUCUAUAGCAAGCGGCAAGGCUACCUCUGGGUGAAGUGAUGCACGGGAAUCUAUAACAAGCGGCAAGGCUACCUCUGGGUGAAGUGAUGCACGGGAAUCUAUAACAAGCGACAUGGCUACCUCUGGGUGAAGUGAUGCACGGAAACCUAUAACAAGCGACAUGGCUAC